AUGCUUUCCUCAAUCAAGGAAAACUCCAACCUCAAAGAGGAGAACAAAAACAAUGGGUUCCAAGUUGACCUUGAGAAUACCGGGUCUUUGGACCAGAAGGCCGAAGCCCGUAAUGGGGACUCAGUCCAGUCUGAUGAUUCUUCAAGCGAUACUCCUCCCAUCAAGACCCUCAAGAUUGAGCGCAGUCUUCGCCAAUUCGAACUAUGGCUGGGUCGAAAAUUCCACAUUGAGACUCGAGGAAUUGAACGGGUAAAAGAAGAAGAUAAGGAGCCACCACCGCUUCGAAACACAUUCCUCAUGUGGUGGAGUAUGUUUUGCAACCCCGGAGGCCUCCCCAUAGGUGUCCUCGGAGCCCAAUGGGGGCUUUCCUUACAGGAGUCGGUAAUUGCUACUGUUGUCGGUACCAUUAUAGGUGCACUCUUGGUUGCAUGGUGCGGUGUACUGGGCGCAAAGCUUGGACUGCGUUCCAUGGCAACUUGCAGAUACUCGUUCGGAUAUUAUGGCGCUAAACUUAUAUCUAUCUUGAACUUGCUCUUGGGUAUCGGAUACGCUGUCAUCAGUACUACCGUCUGCGGCCAGUUACUCCCAGCCGCCGCAGACUACAGAAUCUCGACUAGCGUCGGCAUCUACAUUGUCUCCGCUCUGUCCCUUUUUAUCUCUUUCUUCGGCUUCUCACUUAUCCACAAGUUCGAGAGUUACUCAUGGAUACUUGCAUUUAUACUUUUCUGUGUCCUCCUUGGACAGACAGUGCCACACCUGACUCCCGAAAUGAUCCAGUUUAAUCCUCACCGGGAAGGCUUCGCAGCUCUUUUCCUGUCAUACACAUCGUUCACUGCAGCCGGUACAUCUGGCUGGGCUACAGCCAUCGGCGACUACUACUGCCAUUACCCAAAGUCAGUUCCUCACUGGAAAAUCAUGUUAUUGACCCUCCUCGGGUUUUCCGCUUCGUCUGCCUUUGUGGCCAUUGUCGGAGCCUGCGUUGGACUUGUUGCUGUUCAUGGGGAAAGCCACUUCCAGCAAUCAUAUGCCAUGCAUGGCUUGGGCGGAAUCGUAGCGGAAAUAUCACACCCUGUCGGAUGGUCCAAGUUCCUGGUUGUCAUGAUGCUAUUCACCGUUAUCGGAGGCUUGAUCGCAAACUACUACUCCGCCGGCCUGUCAAUUCAGAUCUUGGGUCAACACUUCCGCUACAUCCCACGUUUUUUCUGGAGUUUGCUCAUUGCGGUGCUCAUCACUGUGCUCUCUCUGCUGGGCAAAGAUCACAUUGUUGAGUUGGUUGGAAACCUUGGAAACAUGCUUGGAUACCUGACCGCCGGUUACUCCGUCAUUGUGUUCAUCGAGGACCAAUGGUUCAGGAGGCGGGAUGGGUACGACUUGCAGGCGUGGGAUAACAAAAACGGGCUUCCAUGGGGUGUGGCAGCCGUGGGAGCAAUGGCCGUGUCCUACGGUACUGGUGCCGUCCCCGGAAUGAACACAACCUGGUAUAUCGGGCCCAUUGCUGCCAUGUUUGGCAAUCCAGCAGGUGAUGUAGGUCUUAUCCUGAACACUGUCUUUACUGCCUUUACCUACUUUAUCUUCCGGACUGUCGAGAAAAGGUUUGUUGGACGGUAGUCAGAGGCUGCCAGGUACAGAGACGAGAGUUUGGCAAUUGGUAUUCCACUGCCACUUUCAGAAACGAGUAAUGAUAGGUGUGAAUUUAUAUCUCUCACUCUACGGUCUAUAUUUGAUUUAGCAAUAAAGAAAUGUUCAAUUUUUUUUCCACUUGAUCAGCCAUCCAUCUCAAAGUUGAGGAUGGCAGCCUUCACCUAUCAAUCCAUCAAGGUUAACCAUGUCUGCUACGGAUUGCUCGAACCAACAACCCCCACGGUCAAGCCAUGAAACGUCAAAACAUUGAGCAUCUCUGCUCAUAGGCAGACGUCGUCUUGCCUGCUCCAUCUGAUGAGACAUGCUGCACACCUCCUGUGGAACACAGUGACGACAAGCCGUCGAUCAUCAAGGACUCCCCUGCCACACGAUCUCCACCAAGACGGUGGGAAGACAUGACAAGACAGUUGAUUCUUCGGCAAACCCACCGAAACAUUCUUUC